AUGAGGUACACGCCGGAGAUGAAGAAGUCGCCACCACAUGUGCUCAAGAAAUUUGCAGUGUGUGACAUCCCGCUGUAUGACAUCUGUGACUACAAUGUCUCCAGGGACCGCUGCAAGGAGCUGGGCUGCUGCUUCUACAAGGGUGUCUGCUACGAGAAGGCUGUUCCCAUUUAUGUGCAGAUCUUCUCUGCCUUGAUUGUCCUCAUCGCCGGGGCCUUCAUCAUCACCAUCAUCUACAGAGUGGUCCAGGAGAGCAGGAGGGAGAAGGAGGCUGCCACGGAGGUCGCCCCGGUGUCCGAGAGCAGUGAGAAGCCCGAGACGGUUCCAUCUUGGGGCGAGCCCGAGGCGCAGCCUAUGAUUCAGCCCCCUGACGCGGACGAAGACCAGAUCGAGAAAGCCGAGGCUGUGGCUGCAGCUUGGGCCGAAUGCUGUCCCUUGCCCCCGGGAGUGCUGAGCACCGUGACAGCCUCAGGGACUGAGGCCUCCACCAAGGACUGA